CCGGGCGCUCGCCGAACGCCAUCGGAAGCAGCCGUCCUCUUCAGAAAUCGAAGAUCGAAGAUCGAAGAUCGGGUUCUUCACUCUUCAGAAAUCGAAACCCUCCUCGUCGCCUCUUCCUCUUCCGCUUCCGCUUCCGCUAUCCAACGAUAGAUUAGUAAUCGAUCGGGUGGUUCUUUACAAACCAGACUGUCACUGUAGGUAGCAAGCAGUGGGAAGUGCCGGAUUCUCAUCACUCGCGCAAAGGAUCGUUCCAGUCCGGCUGCGUUCUGGCGAGAGGCGUGAGGGAGAGCAGGCGGGCGGUGGCGGCAAUGUCGGAGUCGGUGAGGACGACGCUGGUGCUGCCGGGGCCGGUGACGUUCGUGACGGGCAACCCCAAGAAGCUCGAGGAAUUCCGCGCCAUCCUCGGCACCUCCAUCCCCUUCCGCUCCCUCAAACUCGACCUGCCAGAAUUGCAAGGGGAACCGGAAGAAAUAUCGAAAGAAAAGGCUCGCUUAGCUGCGACUCAGGUUAACGGGCCGGUACUCGUGGAGGACACUUGUCUAUGUUUUAAUGCUCUUAAGGGUCUCCCAGGCCCUUACAUAAAGUGGUUUCUUCAGAAGAUCGGGCAUGAAGGUUUGAACAAUAUACUGAAGGCUUAUGAAGACAAAUCAGCUUAUGCUAUGUGUAUAUUUUCUCUUGCUCUUGGACCAACCAGUGAACCGAUUACGUUUGUGGGGAAAACAGAGGGCAAAAUUGUACCUCCCAGAGGCCCUGCCGAUUUUGGCUGGGAUCCAAUUUUUGAACCGGAUGGAUACGAGCAAACCUAUGCUGAGAUGCCAAAGGAAGAGAAGAAUAAGAUCUCCCACCGCUCGAAAGCCCUCGCGAUGGUGAAAACGCACUUUGCGACUGCUGACUAUGCCUUUCAGAUAUAUGUAUCAGAUUUUUCUUUACUUAGUUGAGGAUACGAAUGCGAUAGAAUAUCGGCAACUUGUUUAGCUCAUUGAUCAGGCAUUACACUUAUACAUUUGCGAAUUGAUAUGCUAGUUAGGAAACUGUAAUUGUUUUGAUCUUUCUGAUAACAAGUAAUUAUGAGAUUAUUAUCAGAGUGUUAUUACAUUGUUUGGACACCCGUUGCAUU